CUGAAGGCCGCAGUUACUUGCGCCAGUAUUGAAGGUCGUCGAACCUUUUCGGAAUGAAAUGGUGCUGGUUGAAUUUUUGUUACUGUAUCUUUUCUGUUUUGUUGUCAAGUAUUAGCUUGUCGUACGGAAGACACACAUCAAAUUGGGCUGUUCUUGUAGAUACUUCGCGGUUCUGGUUCAACUAUCGACAUAUAAGCAAUGUCCUUUCAAUUUAUCGAAGUAUCAAGCGCCUCGGAAUACCAGAUAGCCGUAUUAUUUUGAUGGUGGCUGAUGAUGCAAGUUGUAGCUCGAGAAAUCCGAGACCAGCAACAAUCUUCAACAAUCCUUACAGUCGGGUAAAUUUGUAUGGCGAAGAGAUAGAGAUUGAUUAUCGUGGUUACGAAGUUACUGUAGAAAACUUCAUUCGUAUAUUAACUGGGCGUUUACCUCCUUCGACACCUACUUCUAAGCGCCUCAAUACUGACGAGCACAGUAAUAUCCUAAUAUAUAUGACAGGCCAUGGUGGUGAUGGUUUCCUUAAGUUUCAAGAUGAUCAUGAGCUUUCUAACAGUGAACUGGCCGAUGCGAUUGAACAGAUGUGGCAAAAACGUAGGUAUCAUGAAUUACUAUUCAUUGUCGAUACAUGUCAAGCUGAAUCAAUGGGCAAGUUGUUUUAUUCGCCUAAUGUAGUAGCCAUCGGUAGCAGUGCUAUAGGAGAAGAAUCAUUAUCUCUCCAUUCGGAUCGCGAAAUUGGGACCUAUGUUUCUGAUCGAUAUUCUUACUAUGCGUUUCAGUUUUUGGAGUCUGUUACUCCUUCGAGCAAAAGAACAUUGUAUGAUUUUCUCCCUUAACUAUCCAACGCCUAUCUGGAGAUUGAAGACGUAAAAUCCAGGCAAAUCAACCAUGUAUUCACUAAGUUCCAUCCAGUUAUUUUUAUUGCUGUUAAUUUCAUAUUCAACUUUUGCUCUUCAUCUUGUAAGUUGUGUUUCUCUGUGCCGAAGCAUGAUAUGGUACACUGAAAAGAUUAGCAUAUAUGAUAAUUCCUACAUUUUUUAAGAGCAUUAUCAACAACUGUCAUUUUCCGUGACACGUAAUUGUUUUUCGAGAUUAAAGAAAUAGCCUAUAUAUAAUUAAAACAAUUUAAAUGAAUUGUUCUUGAACAGUUUAAGCUGUUUCAAUAUUAUUUUGACAGUGGUUGUAACCAAUGACUGGAUGUCUCGUUGGGUAAAUUACAGUGUUGGUAAUGAAUCCACAAUUAUUUUCUCAUUUAUUUCGAUCAUAUAAUUACUGAGUGUUUAUUUUAUUUCUGUCUAAUGUUGCUUCCUGAUUUUUCGUCGUACCUUUACAACAUGGAGUAACUUUGAUCGAUACAUUCUUGUGAUAGACUCUAUAGACUUAUUAGCUUUUUCACAAGAGGAUUAUGUACCUCAGUAAACGUACCUAAGUCAGUUAUUUAGCUAUACAAAUUAAUUGCAUUGUGUUUUUACUUCUUUAUUUUGUAACCUAGUCCCAGUUAUGCUCUUUCUCAUUAUGUCAAUCAACUGUUAUCACUCGAUCUGAUUUAUUUAGACGUGAUAUACGUCGCGUACUUGUUACAGACUUUUUUGGUAGCGUGCGUCAUAUAAUCCCUGGACCAGUUAUAGAAAUUAGCAAUUCCACUUUGUAUGAGAACAAUACAUUAAUUAAACACUGAAUCGAAGCAUUUUUCGUACGUUACACCUCUCAACGUGUAUCUGUGAUAUUAGUUUUUUAAUUAAUAUAUUAUUGUACAAUCCGUUAGACCGUGUACAUACAUUUUUUUCUGUUAUAAUUGUUUUAAAAUUUAUUGAAUUUCGUUAAUAUGCCAUCAUAACUUUUGUAAUACCACAGGGAAGGGCUAAGUUUGUCAAUCGCUAUAAAUUAUCAGCCUAUUCAUGCUAUCAGUAGAG